UCCUGAGGCAUCGGCUUCCCGCUGAUGGGACCGCUGCAGGGCCCUCGAGGCCGGAGCGCCGUCGUGGGGACCGUCACCCUCUGCCUGGCCGCCGGGUGGGCUCUGCAGACUCCCGGAGGAGUAUCCUUAGUUGUCCCACAACCCAACAUCAAUGCAACAGUGGCACAAAACAUCCUCCUCUCAGUUGAAUACUCUUGCCGAGGCGUGGCCACCAUUGAGUGGAAGCAUGUGUCGAGCUGGGGCACCACCAGCAUUGUUGAGUGGAGAAGUGGGAAUUCUGCCAACAUAUCCACAAUCUACAAGGACAGAGUGACUACUUUUGAAAAUGGCUCUAUACAGCUUCGGAAUGUGGGCAUGAGAGACGCUGGCUACUAUUUUGUCACUGUAAUGGAGGAGCAUGGAACCAAUGCCUAUGGCACCAUCAUAGUCAAUGUUUAUGAGAUUAUCUAUGAAGAUUUGCAUUUUGUAGCAGUUCUCUUCACAUUUCUUGCUGCAGUAUCUGCCAUUCUAACCUGCUUUAUGUGGCUGUGUAAUAAAUCUCUGCAUCUAUUUCAGAAGAAGACAACACACAAACUAACAGCAAGUACAACAGAAGAGAUUGAACUGGAAACCAUUGAGUGUUAGCCAAGGACUGUAUCAUAAUAAAAAUAACAAUUCUACCUCAGGAGAAAGUGUUGGCCAAGAAAGCAAGAACAAACCUAGAAGGUAAAAUGUUUGUGACUACUGCAGAAACAUCCUGACUUGCAAAGUAAUUAAAUCAGCAGUGUCUGAUGGAGCUGUUUCAACCUGUUAGGUUUUCAGUUCUGCUAGUCAAGGUCAGAGUAAAAAAGAGUAGGCUUUCAUGCUGAGCAUGAACACAUUUUUGUGGCUAGCUAAUAAAAUCUAGAGCCUCUACCACUCUUAAAAACAACCAACCAACCAAGCCUCUAAGAUCAACCCAUAAAGGAAAUUACCAUGGUCUUGAAGGACACCUGCAUUUUGGAUACAGCAAGUCUCCUAUUACAGAGUGGUCAUUAGUAUCCAUCAACAUAAUAAAUUAAAUAUCUAAUUACAGUAUUACAUUAAAAAAUUAAUUGCAAGCACUGAAUCCUGUUUAUUGCACCUAUGCUGCUGCUUUUGGGUGUAAGGAACUUCCUAAAGCUCUGAAGACAAACUGCAAUUUUUCAUGAGACAAAACUGACUUUGAAAGAACGCUGAGCUGGUCAAAGUUCUCCCGCUUGUGUUUCCCGCAGUUGUUUACACUGCCCCAGGAUGGAUGUUAACACACAUUUUAUGACAUUACUAGAACAGGUGGUUGUACAAGGAACAGUGCAGGCAGGCACGAAAGAGAACACUGGCCAUGAAGAUUAGAGGGGUCAGAUAAAACAGUGACACACAUCACCAGUUGGGGUGGCAAAAUACUAAACAGUUUUGUUGUAAAAGAUGUCAAGUCCUUUGCAAACUUAGCCCAGUGCUGAACAAUCUAUCUGAGAAAAAAAGUUAUAACAGCAUGUCUUUGAAAUACAGUAUUUACAAAUACAGUUCUAAAAUUGCUCCUGUCGAGAAGCCACCUUUGCUUUCCCUAUAUUGUACGAAAACAUCAAGUUACCCAACUAAUGUUUUCUUGAAUCUGCAUAUUGCACGGAUUGCAAUUCUCCACCUGUAGAUCUGUGGGGUGAAAUAACAUUUCUGUUUGUCAGUGAGAAAGCAGUAAACUGACUGAGUUCCAAAUUAUUCUGUUUUGCUUUUGUAAUGAAAAUUUUGCAGUGUGAAAUAAACUUUGAACUUGGAAGACAUCGUGGACUAGUCUGCACCUGUAGAUUGCCACGUUGCUGUUUGGGACAAACUGCUGCUACUGCCUUUUCCACACUUUGUCUCACUUGUUUGCAAAAGCCUUUUACAGGACAGGCUGACAGAGCUUUGCCUCUGGUCAGGGACUGGGAUGCUCAAGUGCAGAGGUACUGUGGGCUCGAUUUAGAAAAACAUUCAGGGAAUGUCUCACCAAGUGAGUAACGAUGCAGGUAGGUGCCAAACAAGCCAAAGCAUCUUGUGCUCAGUACCUUUAAACCAUCCCACACUGUGCUGACCAUCUGUAGUGCCAAGGGCCUCUCUCCCACUCAUAAACUGAGGUACCAGAUUCAGCUGUUUGCUCCUUCCU